AUGCCCUUCCCAUCUGAUGAAGUGCUCAUGAAAACAGCCGGAGAUUUGGUAGCCCAGCUCCAGGCUCUUUUCGGAAAACAUCCAGGUUUCCGCGCAACACACGCCAAAGGCGAAUUGCUAAGCGGGACUUUCACUCCCUCAGCGGAAGCGAAGAAGCUCUCCAGUGCAGCGCAUUUCAACAAUGCCAGCACCCCAGUCUGGGUCCGGUUCUCCAACUCCACCGGUAUUCCCAACAUCCCAGACAAUGACUCCAACGCCGACCCCCGCGGUAUCGCCAUCCGCUUCAUCCUAGGCCCGCACAAACAUACCGAUGUUAUCGGUCACUCGACGCCUUUCUUCCCAACGCAUACCGGAGGCCAGUUCCUGGAGAUGCUGCAGGCGAUCGCGGCUUCUCCGCCAGAUGCCGAACAUCCAUCUGCGAUUGAGAAGUUCCUCGGUGCCAACCCGACAGCUCUUGCUUUCGUCACGGCCCCGAAGCCCCCGCCUGUCAGCUAUGCCACGGAGCAGUACUGGAGCGUGAGUGCGUUUAAACUCAUAGCCGCUGACGGCACCGCGAAAUUCAUCCGCUACCACGUAGUUCCCGAUGCGGGCGUCUCUAUCCUAGACGGCGAAGCCGUGAAAGCCAAAGCGGCCGAUUACCUACAGAAGGAGCUAAGUGCGCGUCUGGCGACAGGAGCCAUCGGCUUCAAGAUCCUGGCACAAGUUGCUGAGGAUGGCGAUGUGACGGAUAAUGCGACUGUGCAUUGGCCUGAGAGUCGGAAGGUGGUGGAGCUGGGUUCGUUCACGCUCGAGGGCAUUGUGCCAGAUAAUGUGAAGGAGCAGAAGCAGGUUAUCUUUGAUCCGAUACCGAGGGUUGAGGGGGUUGAGCCGUCGGAUGAUCCGUUGUUGGAGAUACGUGCUGCGAUCUAUUUGAUUAGCGGGAAGCAACGGAGGGCUGCUUGA